CCCAUUUAAUCAGCCGACAGUGUUACCAGAUGAGGAGCUUACCGACACAAAAUUAUUGGGCUAUUUUUCAUGACAGUGUGCAGGCAACAAUGGGCUAUGGCGGUUUGAUUAAAAGAUAGGAUUGUAUAGUAACAAGAAACAAGUCCGGAAAAACAGCGUUUGUGCGUGGUUUUGUGGGGUCAUCGUGAUUGAAGUAUACUGUCACUAAAGUCUGGCACCCGACUACAUUAUAACGAGAAUCAGCAUCACAGAAGUAUACGAUCCGCUUUCUGCUCUGCGUUUAUGCGAGGGUUUGUAGCGGGGAUUUCGAAACGAAAUGGACAAGCAGAUGUGUUGUUUACUGCCAGCUAUCCUUGGACUUUGGCAAUUCGUUACGCUGGCCUUAGGGUUCAGUUUCGACAUUCGCUAUCCAAAAACGUUUUCGACCUCGACGGAAGCUGGAUCCCAUUUUGGUCAUCGCGUCUGUCACUUUGGACCAACGCAGGGAUACAAUACCAGUAUUUUGGUCACAGCUCCUCUUCAAGACAACGGGACAGGAGUGGUGUACAGAUGUUCUUAUCACAGCACCACAUGUGAAGCGUUACCUAUACACGUGGAUUCAGGAGUUUCAUUUGGAUUGUCACUAGCUUGUAAUACUGACAGAGCUAUGAUGUGUGGACCCCGACAGAUGUUUGCUUGUGAUACUUUAAACUACCUCCAAGGAAUCUGCGUUGAGUUGGGGCCCCAACUUUCCGUCACACAAACACUAAAGCCUGCCUUUCAAGAGUGCCGUGAUUUUGGUUUGGAUGCUGUGAUUCUGUUUGACGGAUCUCAGAGUAUUGUACGCAACGACUUUGAGACCAUGAUCAACUUCAUCAAAGACAUUAUCCGAAUGUUCACAGACCCCAGGGCGCAGAUAGCAGUGGCACAGUAUUCCACCGAAACCCAGGCCAUAUUCCACUUUCAGGACUUUUUGGCUGACCGCAACCCUGACAACCUUAUGGUGUCUGUGGACCAUUUCCAGGGGCAGACAUAUACCCCUUCAGCCAUACGCUACGUUCUAGAGAAGAUGAUGACAGAAGCUCAAGGGAUGAAGAAAUAUUCCAGAAAACUGUUGGUUGUGAUAACUGAUGGCAAAUCCAACGAUAAAACCGAGACCUUUGACAAUGUCAUACCAUUGGCUGAGACAAUGGGCGUAACCAGAUUUGCAAUUGGGGUUGGGAAUAAGUACUCUAGUCAAGAGCUUGAGCAGAUUGCAUCUUCCCCAAACUUUGUGUUUGAGGCAAACAGUUUUGAUGCUCUAAAAUCAAUUCAGAAUGAGCUUAGUGAGAAAAUCUUUGCAAUUGAAGGAUCUAACUCCACCAACUCCAGUUCCUUUGAACACGAACUGUCUCAGGGCGGCUUCAGUACCACUCUCUCUGGGGCUCUCUCUCUCUUUGGAGUAGUGGGGUCAUACUCGUGGUCUGGGGGUGUUGUGGAGGUCGUCAGAGGGGCGAACGCCACCUUCAUUAAUGCCUCUGCAUUGGAGAAAGACAUGAAGGACUCCUAUUUGGGUUACUCAGUGGCAGUGGCAGAGACAGGGAAUGGCAGUGUAUAUUUUGCUGGAGCUCCCAGGUAUAACCACACUGGGUUGGUCCUGGUCUUUCAGAGGGACCCUGUCCAGCAGAAGUGGACUGUGGCCCAUAAGAUACCAGGAACUCAGCUUGGUUCCUACUUUGGGGCACAGCUGUGUGUAUUGGAGGCCAAUGUUCAGCCAGGGGAUAGCCAGACUGGGUUGCUGCUAAUUGGCGCUCCUUGGUACCAUGCCCAAGGGGUCGGAGGAGAGGUACAUGUCUGUACUCUGGAGACCUGGGCACCCAACUGCUCUCUCACUCUGCACGGGGCCCAUGGAAACACCCAUGGCCAGUUUGGUGCCUCUCUGACACCCUGUCCAGACCUGAACCAGGAUGGGCUGCUAGAUCUGGCUGUAGGUGCCCCAGCAGAAGACAGAGGGCAGGGGGCAGUUUACAUCUUUCUAGGAUGUCCUGGGGGAGUCCAAGCCAAAUAUAGUCAGAGGAUUCAGGGGGAAAGAGGAGGGGGCAGAGGGCUGCAGUUCUUUGGGGUGUCAGUGCACUCUGCUGGGGAUCUGAACUCCGAUGGACUGGCUGAUCUGGUGGUGGGAGCUAAAGGGGCCGCUGUCAUACUCAGGUCCCAGCCACUGAUGCGUGUAGAGGUGUCUGUCACGGUAGCCCCUCCAACAAUCCCACAGAUGUUUUUCCACUGUGCUGCCCACAUUGCCCUCAACACUCCCAUAGCCACGGCCACUCUGUGUGUCACUGUUAAUGGAGCCCAUGUGGGAAAGAUAAGCACUUCUCUCCAGGCAUCAAUCUCUAUCACUGUGGAUUUCCGCAAGGACCAGAACGGAACAAGGCCAGCCCGUCUGCUCUUCUACCCCAGAUUGCACUCCUCCAAAUGGGAGGAGAGGGUGACCGGCACUGCUUGCUACAACAUUUCCCUUAGCGUACCAGAGUGUAUAUCUGACUACCGUGAGGUGCCUAUGUCUGUUCGUCUGGCCGCAGAGGGCCUGGAGGUACCAGGGACUGACGGACUGAAGUCAGUCCUGAGCCCUGAUAACCCAACUUUCUUCACACACAUGAUCUUGCUGGAGAAGGUUUGUGGUGAAGACCAUAUCUGCAUCUCCGACUUAUCUGUGAACAUAACCUGUCCAGAGGUUGUGCAUAGCCCAGGUUUCCCAGUAGAAGUCUUUGUAAAUGUGGAUAACAGGGGAGAGGAUGCAUCUAAGGUUGAACUGACGCUGGUUCACCCCUCCACAAUAUCCUUUGUUUUUGCUAAAUGGUCUUUCGGAACAAGACAGGUUGCAGUUUGGUGUGUGUCCAACACCACAGGACUUGAAAACCUCACCCGCACAGUUUGUCCCCUAAGCUCAUUAGUACUGAGAAAAGGAGCCCAUGUGACUGUGUGGGUGUCAUUCAGAGUGUCUGAAAACUCUUCUUUGAGUGAAAGGCUGGUUAUUAAUGCAUCUGUUAAUACUGAUAAUGAAGAACAAGGCACCCUUCAUGAUAACCUGGCAAGCUCAUCUAUACAAGUUAAACUUCCAGUUAAUAUUAUUAUAAAAGGAGGAGAUUCCUCCCAAUACAUCACUUUCCCCAAUGACAAUCUGCUGGAACACAUAUACAUGGUAUUAAAUAUUGGAGAAGUGGCAGCACCAGUCAAUGUCACUUUUGUGAUUCCUGUGGAGUUGGACUCUGGUUUUCUGUGGAACGUGUCUCUUCCUCAAAUAGAUAACAGUGGUGGAAAAUGCGACAGGAAGGAGGUAUUCUCUAAAAAGGACAAUGGUACCCUAUUUGAACAGCAAUGUCGUGGAGUCAUCUGUCAUCUGAUUGGCUGCACCAUAGGACUGUCAACCAGCAGUCAGCCAACCAUCAUAAGAUUUUUUGGGAAUAUCAGUAGAAAAACAGAGUUCUCAAGAGUGCAGGUAGAGCUGGCGAGUUGGGGUUCGCUGUCUUUCAACCAGACCAUUUAUGCAGAAUACCCAGCUAUUGGUUUCCAGAGUGUAACGAUUCUUUCCAUCUUGGAGACCGCACCUGAAUCCUCUGCUGCCCUUAUCGCUACCCUCAGUGUUGGGUUUUCACUGUUGACACUGGCAGUCGUUUCUUGGGUUCUCUACAAGAAGGGGUUUUUCAAGAGCAAAGAAAUGCCCAAUGAUGGUGUAAUGGACAGUGCAGCCCCCGACGACAAACUCAGUCUGACCGCUGACAGUACUUCACAAAGGGAGACCACCCUGUAACACAGUCCUUCCCCGCCUCUGGUGCAGUCACCUGGUCAAAUGAUCGUGCUACUCUUUAUUUAUACUGUGACAAGACCAAUGUGAAUCUGUCAGGAAAGAGACACAAAUGGGUUUUACAAAUUUCCCCAAGGUAUAUUUGUACAGUCUCAUUUCCCUUACAGAUGUAUCUUUUGCUUUAUGGAAAAUUGUUUGCAAGUUCUCCAAUAUGUAUUAAAAAUGAGUAUAAAA